GCGCUGGAUCAUUCCCUCUUUUGUGAGGCGGACAAUGAGAGCCGGGGGGUACCGGGCUUAAAAAGGAUACGGACGCAACACACCCAGCAACCCUGGAGAGACAGCAGCCAACACGGAGUUGCUGUAUGUUUAGGAGGACAGUACUUCACGCGGCUUCUUCGAGAUGCUGUACACUUUAGCGGGAGGGGGCACGCUGUGCGGUGUGGCCGCCCUGGUGCUUCUCAUUGUUUCCACGGCAACGGACUUCUGGAUGCAGUACCGGUACUCGGGAAGCUACGCCAAUCAGGGGCUUUGGAGGUUCUGCAUCAACCACAAAUGUCAUGCCCACACAAUGACUGUAGCCUUCUGGGAUGCCACCCGGGCCUUUAUGUUACUGGCGGUGCUGAGCUGCUUCGCCGGCGUGGUGCUCGGCCUGAGCGCCUUCACCAACGGCACCAAGAACAGGAGGGUCCGCACGGGCGGCGUGGCCCUGGUGCUGUCAGGUUUCCUCGCUCUGCUGGCUUUGGCAAUUUACACCGGAGUGACCGUCACAUUCUUUGGCAAGCGCUUUGUGGACUGGCGCUUUUCGUGGUCCUACAUCAUCGGCUGGGUGGCCAUCAUUUUGGCUUUUUCUGCAGGCGUGUUCCAGUUGUGUGCUUACCAGCGGACCACCACGGAACCCGCUCCUUCAAAUAACCCAGACAGCUGAACGAGAUGAGCAGGCCGACUGCAGUGGACGUCAGCGUUACAUUGGAGUACCUGGAAUGGAAUAAAUCCAAAUCAUAAA